UCUUCAGGGGAAUAAAUUUAUACUUCAAUAGCAGUGUAACUGAUUCCAUGCAAAGUUUAUGAUUUUGUGAAUGCUGGUAAAGUUAAAAGUUUAAAUUUUGCACCCUGUGGUGCAAGCUCAUUGAAAUGAGCAGCCUAACUCCUCUGUUGGGUUAAUGUUUUUGGUUAUUUGAAGUAUCAAUAAUUGUGUUCAUCUCCAGCACACAUACCCCAGGUAUUGAGUUCAUGCAAUGCAUUUCAUGUGCUCAAUUCUCAUUUAUUCCCUGAGGCUACCGAUGAUACAAGGCUUUUUUACUUUGAUCCACAGAGGUGAAAUAUUCUGUCUGACAAGUUCUUGGGCUCUGGUAGCACUCGGCAGUGCAGCUCUUUCCAGAAAUCAUUGCUCUGAUUUUUCACCCUGGCACUAUUCAAGCCCAGUCUGCCAGAAACAGCUCCUGUAGAGUUGCUCUUCUGCUGCCUGUGUCCCUUUGUGCUGGAGACUUUCUGCUGGUUCUGUGGUCAGAGCAAUUUUCAGCCCAGCCCAGUCCUGUCAAGCUGGGAGAGGCAGAGGUGCAGGUGGGCCUCCUUUUGUCUCAACUGAUGCCCUUCGGCACUGCCUGCAGGUUAAUGGGAGCUGGGAAACACUCCCUGCUUCUUGCCAGUUGUCUGGGAGGACUCAAUGUGCCGUCAAUGUAAAGAACCACAUCGGCUCAGGAACACUGACUGACUGAUGUUCACAAAAGCCGUGUGACUAGUAGGGUUAGCGAUUGAUCUGGUGUUUCUACAGGAAAAAAGCUUGGAGCAGGAAUUCCCAUUGUGCCGUGAGCUCAGUGCUCCCCUGCCCAGGGGUUGCUUCUGCAGCCGGGCUUUGGGUACACUCUUUUUCCCGGCUUUCUGCCUGUGACCCACUGCCACUGGAAGCUCAUCAGGAGCAAAAGUCUCUGUUCAUUUGCCCAGCCGUGACUGGACAAGUCCAGCAGUUUAUUGCAGAGAUUAGGUCAGUCCGUUGUUCCAAUGCUCAAUGGUAUAAAAUAAUUUCUGCUGUUCAAGCCAACACUGUAAUACAGUGCAGAAGUAGAUGGCUCUGUACGGUUGGCACGAAGUUCCAUCUGAUAAACCCCUCUGUCUUUGCACGUGAGCUGAGUACUCACUCUCUUUGCAGCCUCUUCUACAGUAAGGGCUCGUUGCAAUGUUAAUAGCAGGAGUGGAUCGUGCGAACACACUUGUGAAUACUGGUCAGGAGAGGUGGUUUGUUUUUCAGGGUUAGUCGGCUUGUUUUGCACCAGUUAGCCCUGCUAGGACUUAAGAUUCAGUGGCAAAAAUAGAAGAGAAAAUCUUCCUGGUUUUAUUUAUUUAUGUAUUUACCAUAUUUAUAAUGUAUUUACCAUCAUUAGUAUACAUCGAAUGAUUAAGUACGGUGUCACAAGCAGAUGUUGGGGGUGGUGUCACCAACAGACGCGACACCCGCCCGUCCGCGUUCCAGCGUUGCCAGGAGCCGGGCCCGGCCCCUCACACCGUGUCCCGGGGCGCAGCUUCCCCGCAGCUGGGACGCUCUUCUCGCACUCCCGCAGGUUCCCGCAGGUUCCCGCAGGUUCCCGCAGGUUCCCGCAGGUUCCCGCAGGCUCUAUGUCGUCGCCGGGGCGGUCCGAGGCGGCGGAGCAGACUCUGCUCGUGGGGAACUUGGAGAGCCGGGUCAGGGAAGAGAUCCUCUACGAGCUCUUCCUGCAGGUAGAAGACGGGCUGGACCAUUAACCAAAGUGAUGAUUUGUGAGGACAAGGAAGGAAAACCUAAGUCUUUUGGAUAUGUCUGCUUUAAACACAAAGUAUCGGUGCCUUAUGCAAAAGCUCUGCUGGAUGGAAUCCAUUUGUAUGGAAGACCAAUCACCGUGCAGUAUUGGAGGGGGAGUUCUCACUCACCAGAACUAGACAGUUGUACAGAUGGUUUUGAACACCAUAUUGACUUAGAUUCUUCUGCAGACAGGCAUCAAGAACUUUCUGGAAAUUCUCCAUUUCCUGUUACCCCUUUGCUAGUGAACAACAGUUUACUUCAUGAUCACCCUGGCUUUCAAGAGGUGAAUAAAACUGCACAGUUUAAGACUGCACAGAGUUCUCCUGAAUUGGCCACAUCUAAGUGACUGUGAAGUGCACCAAGCAGGAUGAAAGAAAGAGAAAAUGGCAAAGUUGUGACAAUGACACUAGUACUGAAGAUAAUAAAAGGAGACAAAGACAGCAUGGCCAAAACUGAAAAAAAAAAAAAGCCAAGAAAAAGACAUGUUAAUACUGGAUAAAUAGUUUUUAUUAUUAUAUUUGUUUUAAUCUUUGAACUUUAUUAAAGGAAUGUUCAAGAUUCA